ACCCGAAGCUAUUGUAUAGAUAAAUAUUCUCCGAUUGUUCUCUGACAUUGUUUACAUUUGGAAACACUCACUUAAUGUGGAAAGUGAGUGAUAAUUGAAAGAUUUGGUGGAAAUACAUCUCAGAUUUUUUCCAUUUGAACUUAGAUCGAGGUUCUCUCUAUGUCUAUCCUUGUCUACGUUUGUUAUUUGGAUUAAUUAGUAAGAUUUACGUAAUGGAGCCCUCGAUCAGACUACGUGGAUCCUACCGAGGCGCUUUCACAAAGUUCGUUACCAAGGUACAGGAUUUUUUGACGUCGAAGGUUGAGGAUUUCGAUUUGUGUGCUGGGUUUUUGGCCCAGUUGAAAGAAAAAUAUUCUAAAAUAGAAACCAUCGACAAAGAAAUAUUAGAUAAGUUACAAAAGGAUGAGAAGUGUUCUCAACAGAUGUUGGAUGAGGAAAUUGAGGGUAUUGAGAAUUACAAUGGUACAUUCGUAGACUUGAAAACAAGACUAGAGCGCCGUUUGAAUACGUCGAAGGAGCUAGAUGAAACACGAAGUGAAAGCGAAGCCGGCUGUUCUAAGGGAAAUUUUAAGCUACCAAAGAUUGAAUUGCAAAAAUUUGAUGGCAAUUUGAAAAAUUAUCUUUCCUUUUGGGGACUAUUUAAGAAAAUACAUGAAGAUCCCAAUAUUUCGGAUUUGGAUAAAUUUCAAUAUCUUAUUCAGUCGACUCUGAAGGGCUCAAGGGCCAGGGAAGUAAUCGAAUCGUUCCCCGUAACAGCCGAGCAUUACCCUCAAGCAAUUGAGUGUUUAAAUUCGCGUUUCGGAAGAGAAGAUGUGCUCAUCGAGGUUUACGUGAGAGAACUCCUGAGUCUAGUGCUAAAUAAUGCGUUAGUGCAAGAGCACAAAUUGCCAAUUGUGAAACUUUAUGAUCGUAUCGAGACACAACUGCGAUCCCUUAAAAUGCUUGGUGUUACUACGGAUAAGUGUGCUUCAAUGCUUUAUCCUUUAGUUGAAUCUAGCUUACCGACUGAUCUCCUGAGAAUUUGGGAAAGACACCUAAAUUCGAUGCUACUCAAGUCUGGAAAAGAGAAUUUCAACAAAUUAGAAACUCUGAUGCAGUUUUUGCGUAACGAAAUUGAAAGUGAGGAGAAAAUUUCCUUAGCCACAAGUGGGUUUGGCUUUCAAAACAAAACCAAGAAGGUUGUACAAGGUAAAAUUAAGGCUACCUCUUCCUAUAACAAGACUGUGCCAACUGGAAUGGAACUUUUGACUUCUGCUCAAGAGAAACCAUUUAGGGAUCAGCAGUGUGUAUUCUGUGAGAAAUCUCAUGCUAGUGCUGAGUGCAGGAAGGCGGAAAAUUUGACUUUAGAUCAAAGGAAACAAAUCCUUAUAAAGCGAGGAGCUUGUUUUAAAUGCUUAAAACUGAAUCACAUAUCUUCUUCAUGUAGGGCAAAGUGCAGUUGUACAGUUUGUGGCAAACCGCAUCACGUUCUUCUCUGUAGGAAUAACCGAAAGGUAUCUCCCAACAACACUUCUGUUGGUGAAGGUGACGGCGCCUCCACAGUAUGUGAGCAGGCAUUGGCUAAUGUGUCAUCAACUCCACGUGUUUUGCUACAGACUUUGGUUGUGAUUCUGAGGGGAGAGGAAAGGUGUCUCAAAAUCCGUGCAAUUAUUGAUACUGCCUCUCAGAGGUCCUAUAUCUUGAAGAGCACUGCGGAAAGAGUCGGUUACCAACCAAUGAGAAAGGAAAAUCUGAAACAUUCGUUGUUUGGAGGUUCUUGUACGGAUAUUUGCGAACACGAUGUGUACAAGGUACACCUCUCGUGCAUAGACGAUAAAUAUCGUUGUAAUUUCGAUGUAUUAGACCAAUCGACCAUUUGUUUAACCAUGCCCCCAGUUUCCCAGGACCUGUGUCAGGACGAGUUAUCAAAUAUGGGGAUAUCCUUGAAUGAUUGUCAAGGUCCCAUCGAACUGCUCAUAGGGGCAGAUGUUGCUGGCAAACUGAUGACGGGAGGAAUCCAGAGACUCAAAUCGGGAUUAACUGCUAUUGAAACGAAGCUGGGUUGGACGAUCUUAGGACGUGCAAAGGAGCAUUCCGUACCAACUGAAGACUUGAUUGUCACUUCGAUGUUAAUUGGAGAUUUGCGAAUUCCUGAUCUUUGGGAAUUAGAUAUUCUUGGAAUAAAGGACCCUGCCGAAAAACAAUCAAAGGAGGAACUGGAACAAGCAUCUAUCGAACAUUUUGAAAAGACACUGAAGAGAGACAGUGAUGGUCGGUAUAUGGUAUCCUUGCCUUGGAUAGAAGGUCGCCAAGCUCUACCAAAUAAUAAGGUUCUAGCCGAGCGAAGAUUAAGAUCAGCAGUGAAGACUUUACAAAAGAAGGGCCUGGUUGAUGCCUAUGAGGGAGUCUUCGAGCAAUGGCUUGAAGAUCAAAUAAUAGAAGAAGUGAAAAACGUUAAAGUGAAGGAGACCAACUGUCAUUACCUUCCACAUAGAGCUGUCAUCAAAGAGCAUUCCACGACGAAGAUUCGUCCAGUCUUCGACGCCUCCGCUAAAGAAAGGGGCAACGUCUCCUUAAAUGAUUGUUUAGCAAAAGGUCCUAACUACAUUGAACUAAUACCUAGUAUCCUGAAUAAAUUUCGAUUAUUUGAAUACGGAGUAAUAGCUGACAUUCGAAAGGCUUUUUUGCAGAUAGAGAUAAGUGAAGCGGAUCGCGACUUUCUCAGAUUUUUGUGGUGGGAGGGUGGCGACCCUGCGAAAUUGAAAGUUUUCAGACAUCGCAGGGUAGUAUUUGGAGUAAACUCGAGUCCUUUUCUCCUGGGAGCCACUCUAAAUUAUCACUUAAGCCAUGUUCCACAUCAUCUGCAAGAAACAGCUUUAAAACUUAAGAAAUCAAUGUACGUUGAUAAUUGCGUUACGAGUUGUCAGUCCAAGGAGGAGCUGAUGGAUUUUAUAAGGCAGUCUAGAGAAAUCAUGCGUUUAGCAUGCUUUGAUUUAAGAGGUUGGGUAUACAAUGGUAUACAAACAGAGACGUCACCGGUUUGCGACGGCGACGAAAGGACAUUGAGAACUUUGGAAAUCCAGCACGAUGAAAUAGUCAGUGUGCUAGGAUUGAAUUGGGAUAUUUCAGAGGACGUUUUAUACUGUAAUGCAAACUUUAGAGUACCUAACGAUGAAAUUUUAACAAAAAGAGUGGUUCUGUCAUUAGCGAGUCAACUUUUUGAUCCAAUUGGAUUCCUUUCUCCAGUGACGUUAAUUCCAAAACUUCUGAUGCAAGAGUGUUGGAAAAGAAAGUUAGCUUGGGACACUCCAUUACCGCACGACUUAGAAAGAAGAUUGUUAAGGUGGAUAAAAGAAUUAAAAUUUUUGAAAGAGGUGAAAAUUCCUAGAAGGAUAGUAAAUGACUAUAGAGCAGCUGUCCAAUUUUCAUUUCAUGUAUUUUGUGAUGCGUCACAGUACUCUUAUGCCGCUUGUAUCUAUCUCAGACAGCAAGAUGCUUGCAACGUAAAAUGGCGGUUGAUCCAGGCUCGUACUCGUGUUGCUCCUCUGAAGUCCAUAUCGAUUUCUAGGCUUGAACUUUUAGCCUGUUUAUUAGGUGUCAGAAUGAUGAACUCUAUUAAAGGGGACUUUCCACUUGAACGAAUCUCAACUCUUUAUUGGACUGAUUCCAUGAAUGUUUUAUAUUGGAUCAAGAAUCAGGAAUGUUGGGCUACGUUUGUUAUGAAUAGAGUAAAUGAAAUUAGAUCUUUAAGUAGUCCAGAUGACUGGAAUCAUGUACCAGGGCAUUUAAACCCCGCAGACCUCCCAUCACGGGGUUGUAAUGCAAGAAUUUUGGCCGAAUCGCAAUGGUGGGAGACACUUCAAUUUCCAAGCUUGCCGGUAGAAGAAUGGCCUCGGCAGCAAGAAAUGCCGGACAUGGAGAUAGUGAGCUCUGAAAGGAAAAAAUCUGUGAUUUCUGCGCUGGAUGUAGAGAAAGCAGAAAGGUUUUAUGAGAAUUAUUCCACUUACUGGAAAAUAUUACGAAUAACGGCUUGGAUAUACCGGUUUGUCUUAAAUCUCAAGGGAAAAACUGUUAGAAUGUCUGGAGGGCUUACAGUAAAGGAAAUAAGGCAUGCUGAAUUAGUGUUAUUGAAACUGAUUCAAAGAGAAGAAUUUCCUAACGGAAUAAAUAAUCGUUUGCGAAAAUUACACCCGGUGAUGGACAAGGAAGGUCUUUUGAGAGUAAAGACUCUCGUAUUCAGAAGUAAAGAUAGUGAAGAUUUCCGUUUACCCAUUAUCUUGCCUGGGAAUCACUAUAUUGUACAAAAACUAAUAGAGUGGAAACACAGAGAAUUAAACCACGCUGGUGUUCAAAUUUUAAUGAAUCGUCUGCGCGAGAAAUACUGGAUACUAAGAUGCAGAAAAUAUAUCCGGCUUAUCACACUCCGAUGCUCUAGAUGUCGAAGAUUUGCUGUGUCUCCAGCCCACCCUGAAUCUCCGCCAUUGCCUGUGGAUCGCAUAAGAGAUGCUGCGCCAUUCGAGGUUAUUGGCGUUGAUCUAGCUGGUCCACUGUACUUGAGGGAUAAGCAGAAGUGUUGGAUUGUUCUGUAUACCUGUGCAGUGUACAGGGCUGUGCAUCUCGAGUUGUUGACGUCUCUGUCAACGAAGGCGUUCCUGCAAACAUUCAGACGAUUUGUGUCAAGAAGAGGACGCCCUUCUGUUAUUUAUAGUGAUAACGGUACAAAUUUUGUCGGUGCCGCCAAAAUUUUCUCUGAAGCUGAACUUACAAAGAUUAAAGAUGAAAUUCUUGUUCAGGACAUUACCUGGAAGUUCAUUCCUCCAGCUUCGCCCUGGUGGGGUGGCUGGUGGGAAAGGUUGGUAGGAUGUGUAAAGCAGAUUAUUAGGAGAAUUUUGGGACGAGCUUCGUUAACUUACGAAGAACUCUACACAAUUAUCUGUGAGGUAGAGGGUUUGAUGAACUCUCGACCACUUACUACUCUCUCGGAAGAUACUGAAGAUUUGAUUCCGUUGACUCCUAAUAUGUUUCUGCAAGGAAUAAAGGAAACUGGACUUCCCGAUUUAGACCAUAUGGAAAAGGUCAAUCUUGGGAAGAGAUUCCGUUAUUUAUGCAAAUUGAGAAAAGAUUUACGAAAUAGAUUUCGAAUUGAGUACCUGGCGCAAUUGCAAAACCCGAGGGGGUUAGCCAAGGGCACUAAAAUGAUUGCUGUGGGAGAUAUCGUCUUGGUUGGACAUGACAAUCAAAAACGACUUGAUUGGCCUCUGGCGAGAGUUGUCGAGAUCUAUCCAGGUAAAGAUGGAUUGGUGAGAGUGGUAAAAUUAAAAACACAGGUUGGAUUUCUUAUCCGUCCUGUUAGGAAAUUGUACCUAUUGGAGAUUUCUUCGGGGGAUGAGAAGAAAGAUAUGCAAGAAGAAUUUCGUGACAGGACUGCAGGAAGUGAUGUGACAAACUCAUCUGAGAAGUAUCGAGUCUCCAAAAGGGGCAGACCCCUAAAGACUCCCAAUCGGUUAAAUCUAUAAACUGAUUCGAACUCCUUCAAUUUGUACUUUGUGUUUUGUUGAGUUUGAAUUUAAGUUUGAUUUGAUUUUGCCUAAC